CUUACUAUUUUUCUCAUCCUUCACUACCAACUAUCACAUUUCAAUUGAUCUUGAGUUGAAUACAAUGGAUUCCAAAAGAGCAAUCCUCGUCCUUGGCCUAUUGGCCAUGGUUCUUCUCAUUUCAUCAGAAGUAUCAGCCAGAGACUUAACCGAGACUUCCACUAAUACCGAAGAGGUAAAUGAUGCCAAAUAUGGUGGUGGACACGAUCAUGGUCAUGGACACGGCGGUCACCAUGGUGGUGGCGGUCACGGUGGACAUGGAUUAUCCGACAAUGAGGUUGUUGAAAAGUCAAAUGAAGUAAAUGAUGCCAAAUAUGGACACAAUGGUGGUGGUGGUAGUCACUACGGAGGUGGUGGACAUGGUGGACACUAUGGUGGUGGUGGUGGACAUGGUGGACAUGGUGGUGCUUCCAACAACGAGGCUGUUGAAACAAAUGAAGUAAAUGAUGCCAAAUAUGGACACUAUGGUGGUGGUGGUAGUCACUAUGGUGGUGGUGGUAGUCACUAUGGAGGUGGUAGUCACUAUGGUGGUGGUGGACAUGGUGGACAUUAUGGUGGUGGUGGAGGACAUGGUGGACAUGGCGGUGCUUCGGACAAUGGCAAUUGAUGAUACCAUCAUGCAUGAUGCACGUUCUAAGUAAUAAGUUUCAUGAAAAUGAAUAAUGUUUGGUGUUAAAUAAAAGAGAUAUAGAUAGUCAUCAAUCUGUUAUGGUUAUGUAUCAUCUUUGUAUAUGUGGUGAAUGUGCUAUCAUUUGUAAUAUAUCAAAUAUCAUCCUUAUUUCUA